AGACUGCAUGUUUUCAAACAUGACAUUAGUGACAAGUGGUGGGCAGCUACCUAUUUAAAGCUAACAACUGUCAGCGAGAGGAUCGGUACCGCUGUGACUAAACGUUUGGUCCCCUGUCAAAGCUGAACUUUACUCAAGGUGGCCGACGUUAGUUGUCCGCAUGCGACACAUGUUAAGGAUUUUAUUUGUGUUCACUUCAUGGCCAGAGACAAUCCAGCGGUUUUCCUGAUUUUCGGAUCCCCUGGUGGAGACUGUUUUCGGGGCUGACGUGCCACCCAUCUUUCUGCCUCUGUGAACCUGGACGAGCAACGCCGCCUUGUGACAAGCAUCCAGCAUGACAGGGGUUUGUGGUUGUUGCGGGGCGCUCAGGCCUCGGUACAAGAGACUGGUAGACAACAUCUUCCCAGAAGACCCAGAGGAUGGGCUGGUGAAGGCCAACAUGGAGAAGCUGACAUUCUACGCCCUGUCGGCUCCAGAGAAGCUUGACCGUAUCGGAGCCUACCUGUCUGAGAGAUUGUCAAGAGAUGUGGCCCGACAUAGAUACGGUUAUGUGUGCAUAGCCAUGGAAGCCCUGGACCAGCUGUUGAUGGCCUGCCACUGUCAGAGCAUCAACCUGUUUGUGGAGAGUUUCCUCAAGAUGGUGCGCAAGCUGCUAGAGUCAGACAAACCCAGCCUGCAGAUCCUCGGAACCAACUCUUUUGUGAAGUUUGCCAACAUAGAAGAGGAUACCCCAUCGUACCACCGCAGUUAUGACUUCUUUGUGUCCCGCUUCAGUGAGAUGUGCCACUCUAGCUUCGAGGACCCUGACAUCCGCACUAAAAUCCGCAUGGCAGGUAUCAAAGGCCUGCAGGGUGUGGUGAGGAAGACGGUGAAUGAUGAGCUGCAGGCCAACAUCUGGGACCCUCAGCACAUGGACAAGAUCGUCCCCUCUCUGCUUUUCAACCUGCAGAGUGGAGAGCGCACAGAGAGCCGCUCCCCCUCUCCGCUGCAGGCAUCGGAAAAGGAGAAGGAAAGCCCGGUGGAGCUGACGGAGCGCUGCUUCAGGGAGCUGCUGGGACGAGCUGCCUAUGGCAACAUCAAGAAUGCUGUCACGCCGGUGUUGAUGCACUUGGAUAAUCACUCUCUAUGGGAGGGAAAGACCUUUGCAGUGCGUUGCUUCAAAAUCAUCAUGUACUCCAUCCAGUCCCAGCACUCUCACUUGGUAAUCCAGCAGCUCCUCGGUCACCUUGAUGCGAACAGCAAGAAUUCAGCCACAGUGCGAGCUGGGAUAGUGGAAGUGUUGCUGGAGGCAGCCGCUAUUGCAGCCAGCGGCUCUGUAGGCCCCACCGUGUUGGAGGUGUUUAACACCCUGCUGCGGCAGCUCCGUCUGAGUGUGGACUACGAGUUGACCGGCUCCUAUGACGGCAGCACCAACAUCGGCACAAAGAUCAUCAAAGCCCAUGAGGAGAGGCAGCUGCAGGAGGCUGUCAUCAGGACCAUUGGUUCAUUUGCCAAUACUCUACCGACUUACCAGAGGUCAGAGGUCAUGCUCUUCAUCAUGGGCAAGAUCCCUGUCCCUGGGAUUCACCCAUCUCUGCCCUCCUCAAGCUCUGGACCUGAGGGUACCAGGAUGAUUCAGGUUAUGUUACUUAAGUCCUUGGUCCAGGUGACAGUCGGUUUCCAGACCACCAACAUGCUGACGGCACUCCCCAGCUCUUUCCUGGAGCCGCUGCUUUCCUUCUCUCUAACAGAGGAUCCAGAGAUCCGGCUGCUGGUGGUCCAGAUCCUUCUCGGUGUCAUCGACAGGCACGACAACACGCCCAAGUUCUCCGACAUAAGCAUCAUCACCGACAUCUCUGUGCUCAAACUCAAAGUUGACAAAUGUUCCAGACAGGACAACUUAUUCAUGAAAAAGCACGGCCAGCAGCUGUAUCGACACAUCUACUUGGGCUGUAAAGAGCCGAGCAGCGGGCGGCAGCACUACGAGUCCCUCUUCUCUCUGUUGGGUCUUCUGAGCGUGGAGCUGGCUAACGAAGAGGUGGUGGUGGACCUCAUUCGCCUGGCUCUUGCCCUGCAGGACCUGGCUCUGUCCACCGACGAGGCGCUGCCCGUUUAUAACCGCUGUGCUGUUCAUGCCAUCGCCGCCGCCUACCUCAACCUCAUCUGCCAGCUCACCACCGUCCCAGCCUUCUGCCAGCACAUACACGAGGUAAUUGAGGUGAGACAGAAAGAAAGUCCCUACCUUUUGCCAGAGGAUGUCUUCAUUGAUAAUCCCAAGCUGCUUUCUUCACUGGAGAAGGUAGAAGGGGAUGUUUUGUUCCUCCAGUCGAAGAUCACUGAGGUUCUCGGAGGAAGUGGUUAUAACACGGAUAGACUGGCUACACCUUAUGUCCCUCAGUAUACUGAUGAGGACCGUCUGUCCAAGAGAAAGAGCAUCGGGGAGACUAUCUCACUGCAGGUGGAGGUGGAGUCCAGGAACAGUCCGGAGAAAGAGGAGAGGACACCAGCAGAAGAGAUCACAUUUGAAACUCUGAAAAAUGCCAUUGUGGACAGUGUGGGUAUGGAGGAGCAGGAGAGGGAGCGGAGGAGACAAGUGGUGGAGAAGUUUCAGAAGGCCCCCUUUGAGGAGAUAGCUGCACACUGUGGUGCCAGGGCCACACUACUGCAGAGCAAACUCAAUCAGAUCUUUGAGAUUACAAUCAGACCCCCGCCGAGCCCAUCUGGAACCAUUUCAUCAGGGUAUGGCCAAAGCCAGAGUCGAUCUGUACCCAUCUACGAGAUGAAGUUUCCUGACCUCUGUGUGUACUAGACCAGAAAGCAAAGUCACUGAACUAUUUCACAUUUGAGGACGGGAGGGAUUUGGGAAGGGCAACCGAUCCUCACUGUAAAGCCGUCUUGAUCAUGGAAUCAAACAACCACACAGAACAAGCCACUUUAUUAACUUAAUUGUCUGAGAUUAUUUUGCCCAUGUGAUAGGAGCCAAAACAAGCCUGCUAAUGUCAAUACAUGCAGCAGUAAAAAAACUACUUUUAUUUGACCUGUUCCCCUCAGUGCUCCUGAGAUGUUUGUAGAAACUCCACUGGUUGGAUUUCUGAUUUAGAAAUUGCAGAGGACUGUGAGGAAGAAUCUGAGUCAUUUCUGUGGCUUGAGAGUGAAUUGACUUGUUGCAUGCCAUGUAACGUCACAUUUUUGAUAGCGCUGCAAUUAUUGGACAUUCUUUUGACCCGUUUGUCCCUUACAGGGUGCCAUACUAUCCUUGAUCACGAAAUAAGAUUUACCGAUAUUGAUAUUUUAUACCUACGUUUUAUUUUAUUUCUAUUGAUUUCAUGGCCAGGAGGAGCUCAUGUGAAUUAGAUGCAAUUAAAUGUACCUGAUAGUGUAUUUUUGUGUAUGUUUGAAUACAAUAUGGAUAGAUAUAUACAAAUAUGAAGCUAAUCCUUUACAUCCCUAUGUUGCACAGCAUUGAACAUCUGUCUUCAGUGCUUAUUGCUUUACCCUCUUUUGUUUUGCCUUUUUAGUGUUCAGGGAAAAGUGUUUUUUCUUUCAUGAUUGGCAUUUAUUUCCUGCAAUGUAUUCAAGUUGUGGUUUAAAUGAAAGAAAACUGUCAAUCUGUGUGCUAUCCUCCCAAAGUGAGUGCCUUACAGGUGACUCAAGUUAAAAAAUACACAAAAACACACACUGCGCCACCGUCAUGACCACAUUCAAGUUCUGAAGUGUUUACUGUGAUGUUUACCUGAUCAAACACUAGAAAAUAAUUCUGGAUCCUUUAUUUUUCUCCUUUCCAUAUAAAUGUGUAUAUACAGAGAAAUAUAUAAAUCUUUAAGCUGAUGUACAGAGUAGGGAGGUUUUUGUGUGUGCGUGUAUGUGUGUGUAUAUAUACUGUAUAUUGAUUCUAAUUUUAGACUGCCACUGCACUAAUUGUGUCCGUAAGGAAGAGAACGACUUAGUUAGUAUUUAGAUGUUUGUUAAAUUCUCACACGGAUAACCAGCAACACAUAAAAAUCAAAAAGGUAUAUCGACAAGGGUCUCAACAGCCCACCGUAGAAAUCUGUGUCAUCUCGACUCGGUCGAUCACACCAGUGAAGUCUGAAAGUGUAAAGAAUCAACCAACCUGAAAUUAUCAACUUAGUUAUUAGCCACAGAUGUCGUCACAAGUUUGGGCAGCGGAAUCGUCACCUCUAUUGUUGCCAUCACGUUCUCAAUCCUGCUGGAAUAAGUUUGCACUCUGUUUUUACGCCAUGCAGCUGCUGCGGCCUCCGAGCAGCGCGCCCGUCUCAUUCAGCUCGAUUUGAACAAGUCGAAAAGCCAUUUUGUGUGCAUGUGUGCACAUACACACUGAUAUAAAAACAAAGUAUAAUGGCAAUAAUUUGCCACUAGCCUGGCUAUCACAGCGUAAAUUUUGGUAGCAGAUCCUUCUUGUUGUGUUUUUUAAAUUGUGCACUCUUGUUGUGGUGCUGUGAUGGUCAGUUUUGUGACGUUGUGAGAGGCCGACCCUCCCGCUCCCGCGCUUCUGUGAAUAAGUGCAUCGGACGUGAACCGCGUCGCAGCCACCUUGUUCAGUGUAAACGGCAGAUUGUCGGGUUUGUCCCUGAUUGUCACGUGUCGCAGUCCAGUUGGUUGUUCAUUUUAUCUUUUUUUUACAUCUUUUUUUUUUUUAUAUACAGUGUAAAGUCUUCUGUAUGUUUAUUCAUGUCCCCACAUGCCAGUGUAUCAGAUCACGAUUGUGUGUGUGUGUAUUUGUUCAUGUAUCUAUAUGAACAUUCAUGCUGACGUGUGUCUUUAUCGUCAUCACCCCAGACCAAACUUUUCAAACACGGUUUACAGUCUUAGUCCUGUGACUCUUUCCACCACGUUAACAAAGAACAAGCUAUCUUAGUGCAAUGUGCAGCUGUCUAAAACUUCCAGUGACACUUUGUCCAAUUGUCUCUUCAGCAUCUUGCAUCUUCAACAUCUUGCAAUCUACCAGUGUGCUUGUUGUCAUUGCAUAGUGUAAUGUAAAAUUAACUGACGGUAAUUCAAUCUUACUUUUGUCAUUACAUGUCUGGUUAAUAGAUCUGUUUACAAUGUAGUGCUGUAGGUCAAAUCUAUUCAUUCUGUGAACUUUGCACUUUAAAAAACUGGAUUACCUAGUGACAAAGGCAGCUUUUACAUGGAGAAAAUGCCUUAUGACUGUCAUACUUAACUUUGCAUGCUAGUGAUGUUACUGUGUUGUACAAUAAAUGUGUCUGUGACUAGAACA